AUGAAUAGAGAAGUAGCAAACCCACAAACAAUCACAAUCCACACGGACGGAUCAUGCUUCAAUAACGGAAAAGAGAACGCGCGAUGCGGAAGCGGCGUAUGGUUCGGAGAUAACAAUCAGAAUAACAAGGCGCUAAGAAUUAGAGGACACCAACAAUCAAAUCAGGUCGGCGAAGUAGCGGCGGUCCUAGCAGGCCUACAGAUAGUCGACCCCUACACACCAAUAAAAUUUGUUACUGACUCCAAGUACGUCAUAGAUGGAAUGACAACUCACCUACAAGUGUGGGAAGACAGAGGAUGGAUAGGAAUAGCAAAUAAAGAGCUACUUAAAGCGACAGCGUACAACCUAAGAAAAAGAUCAGCCCAAACAACCUUCCUAUGGGUCAAAGGACACAACGGGAACCUAGGAAACGAAGAAGCAGAUGCAUUAGCAAGCGAAGGUGCAAUGAAGGACACUUACGAUGAUAUAAAUACAACAAUACCCCCUGAAUUCGACUUACAAGGAGCGAAGCUUUCAUCCAUCACCCAAAAGAUCGCAUAUGAUGGAAUUAAAAAUAUGACGCACCUCCCAUAUAAUAGAAAUACCCUCGGCCACCUAGAUAUAGCCCGAUACGCAAUACAAAAAAUAACAAACAACCUUGAAACCGAUAGCACAAUCUGGCGGAAAUGCCGAAAUAAAGACAUAUCAAAAAAAAUUCAACUGUUCCUCUACAAAGCAAUUCACAACACGCACCGGGUAGGGGGAUACUGGAAUAAAAUUCCCCAAUUCGAACACCGAGCAAAAUGCAGAUCGUGUAACACUGAUAACGAAUCUAUGGAACAUAUAUUAAUAGAAUGCGAAGAUCCAUCACGCAAAACGAUCUGGAAAUUAGUAGAACAACUAUGGCCCCAAACGAUAAUAGAAUGGCCAGAGAUUACCUAUGGUACAAUCCUCGGAUGUGGAUCGAUAGAAAUCCCACACACACAAGACAAGGAUAAUCCCAACGAUAAGAAACUAGAAAAAAAAAAGAGAGGCGCAUCACGCCUCUUAAGAAUAUUAAUAUCAGAAUCAGCGCACCUAGUCUGGGUUAUGCGAUGCGAAAGAAUAAUAAGUGACAUCUCACACACGGAAGAAUCUGUUAUCAAACGCUGGCAAAACGCACUUAAUCGAAGACUCACCCUAGAUAGAGUCAUAACAAGUAAAAUUAACAGAACAAAAAAACAACAACUAACUAUAGAAUCCACAUGGUCAGAAAUAAUAUUAUCUAAUACAUCCCCGACACCAAAAAACUGGGUCACCACCCUAGAGGUUUUAGUGGGUAUAAAAUUCCCCAGGCCCCCGCAAUCCGGGGUCACCAGGUAA